AGCAAGGCCCCUCAUGGAUCGUCACACGGGGCAGCAAAAUGUCGAGUAAAGGGGGACUUAUUCCUGGAAAAGAUGGCGGCGCCCAUACCAACACACAUGACACUUUCCAAAUCAAAGAAGAAAGCCCAAUUAUAGACGAUUUUGUUGUUGAUAACCGGUUUCUUGAUGUCAAAAAGCAGUGUAGCACUUUGUCGUCGAUUCAAGAUGGCGACCCAACUGUUGUCUGCACUAAAGUUGAGCCCAUGUUUUUGUCCUCUGAACCACUUCCUGGAAUCUCUGAUGUUGUCAUGGAAACCUGCAUGGAAACGGAUAAUGACGCCACUGUGGUUGACCUUGGCAAUUUUGACAAUGGGUCCGGCGAUUGGUUCGAUAACAAGUCGAAAUGUCGCAGCAUUGAUUUCGAUAUUUCAACAAGUCCGCCAGGUUCUGGUGAAGAACUUGAUGUCGCUUCACGAAGUAAGGACAUCCCGAUCGUGAUUAGCGACAUUUUUGAAAAUCACGAUAUUGACGUAAAUGUGUUGAAUUGCGUUACGAGCAGUCAUGACGCUGAUACAUGUGCUGAUACCGUGAUCGCAAGUAGCGCAUGUUUGUCAAGAGAUGUUCACGGUAGGCCUAUUGCAGUGCGACAGUCGUCGAUUCACUGUUCCUUGUCGUCACAAGAUCGAGCAUGUCUAGAAGAAUUGGAGCGCGGUUCACAACUGAGCCAGGAAGAAAAAGAACUUAUUGAAGAUCAUCAAAAAGAACUCCAGGACUUUGAUUUUCAUCAGUUGGGGUCGGAUCAAAGUGGGUCAUUGAUAACAUCCGGUGACCUUGAUGGCUUGCCAGCGCGUAGCUUGGACUUCGAUGAAGUCAUCGAACCGAGAGUGCCAGCGAUCAAACAGGAGCUGGCUCCUGAUUUAGAUACAUUUGUUGUGGAUGCUGUGCAGAGCUUAGCGGAUUACAACAUUCAUGACCUGGGAACAAGUUUAUCAUCAACCUCUUCUCUCAAUGCUAUAUCUGGUGACCAAAUAGACCAAAAUGCACCGUCAUCUUUAGCGACAGUUUCAAUAUCUACGGACAAAAACACAAAUCUGACUCAGAUCUUGGUUCAGACAAGUCAAGGCCAACAAGUUAUCCAUAUCAACACUGCAGACCUGACCCAAGCAUGCAGCUCGACAACACAGCCGUUGUCUGGGACGGGCGAUGUGCAGACCAGUCAGAGGAUACCGAUGACAAAUGAUGCUGUCAUGAAGGAUGGUUUAUUACUGAUACCAGUGAGUCAAGGAGUUGGUGCUACAGCCACUACACUCUCUGGAGAAGAGGGAGUCGUGUUGUCUCUGGGUAGUCAGGGUGAUGGAGACAAGAGUUCAAGUGACAGUGGUCUGAAGGAGAGUGAGGUGACAGGCAAGAUCUGGUUGUGCACUGAACCUGGCUGCAACCGAGUGUUCAAGAAACCCUCAAAGUUAAAGAUCCAUCAGAUGAGGCAUACAGGGGAAAGGCCCUUCAAGUGCAGCAGUCCUGGUUGUGACUGGGCGUUUGUCACGGCCUACAAGCUGAAGAGACAUCAAGAGUCUCACCAAGGACAGAAAGAUUUCAUUUGCGACGUGGAAGGAUGUAGCCGAAAAUUCACAACAAUCUAUAAUUUAAACACCCAUAAGAAGCUCCACGUUCGUCCAUGCACCGAGAUGUGUCCUCAGGAGGGAUGUGACGCUGUCUUUGCCACUAAACGCAAGCUGGACAUGCACAUGAAGAUACAUGGUUAUGAAAAGAAAUACAUGUGUCCAAUAGAAGGUUGCGACAAAACAUUCUAUUCACCCAACUGUAUGGGGUCACAUGCGCGAGUCCACCAACAUGAACAGAAUCUGGUGUGUGAAUCUUGUGGCAAGAAGUUUGAUAAACUGUGUCGCCUAAAGCAGCAUGUGCGAAUGCACACAGGCGAGAAGCCGUACCCUUGUACAUUUGAGGGAUGUGGUUGGAGGUUUGCCAAUGCCAGCAAGUUGAAACGACAUAUCAGAAAACACACGGGUGAAAGACAGUAUCAUUGUCCACAUGAGGGGUGUGGCAAGUCGUUCAUGAGGUCAGAGCACCUGAAGGGCCACGUUAUCACCCAUAAUGGCGACAAACCUUUUGUUUGUCCAAUAGAAGGUUGCGAAGCUUGUUUCACUGCCAAGAGUAGCCUGUACGUUCAUAUGAAAAAACAUGACCAUACUGGUGAAAAGAUCAACUACCACUGCCCGAUAGAUGGAUGCCUCAAGAAAUACACCACUAAGGCUAGUCUACGAAGUCAUAUUGGAAAGCAUUUUACUAACGUCAAUGACGCUAGCAUCUGGCCAAUGUUGCAGGCCAUGGAUUCUGAGGACCUUGAGACCCAGGCGAUGGAAUCCCUGCAACAAGCUGCAGAGGUUGCUACAGCAACGCAGGCUGUGGCGUCAGGAGGGUCAGCCUCCCUCACGAGUGUGUUUACCAACAUAGCUGGCCAGAUCAUCAAUCCAGCUGAAUACAUCCAAACUGGUUCAACCAGUGAACAGCCAGUCACCACUGAAUCAAUGAUGCAUUCUGACAUCCUGACCCAGCACGUGGGUAACAACGUUGUCACACAGCUGAUUGUAGCCAAUGAGGUCAACCAGCAGCCAGAUUUUGUGGUCCCAGCAACCUCAACCCAAGACCUUCCGGUACCUGCUACUUCAGUUGAGGAGUUUGUGGUUCCGAUAUCCAAUAACCAUGAAUUUGUAGUGCCAGUGUCAAUGUCUGUUUCACCAGCUCCAUUCAGGUCCUCUUCAGAUUCGAUGGAAGUUGCAACAUUUUCAAGUGACCCUAUAGCUAACACACCACUACCUUGUGAGGAGUUGGGCUCAGCCAGGACGGACUACCUGAAUAAUCAGAUGCUGAGUGACUUGGCCAAGAAGCGGCGAGCCCUUAUGAAAGAAGCUGGGGGAACGUUGGGUGUCAUCAGUUUACAAGAAAUGAAGAAUCGAGAUUUUGUGACGUCAAGUUUCUUGACAUCUCCAACUUCUACGAGCACAAGUGAUUCCAUGGCUCCUGUGUUCAGCCCGAGUGACUUGCUGUCAUCCCAGGCACUCACGUUCAGGGACCCUGAGACUGGCGUGACCUAUGUGCAGACACAGCUUCUUCAGGACGACCCGCCCCACCCUGACCUAUACGGUACAGACAUCCACCUCGGUGACGGAGAAGCAAGCCCCCUGGGCGACGACCUGUCUGUAUCGGCACGGGAGCUGAUAGGCACCACGAUCAACCUUCAAGAUUUGGUGUGAGGGGGCCUCUGCAUAUGUUUAUCUUCUCAGUUGUUGCUCAUUAUAUAUCAUUACUUAAACUUGAUUAAUUUGAUACAUACGGGCAAUUUUUGAAAACUGUCUAGCCUUAUCCAUAAAGUCUCUGCACUGCUAGGUGUAUGGAGAACAUGACAGGGAGACAUUAUGUAGAUGUAGAAGAACCCACCAGAAAUCCAUUUUCUGUAUACUACUCUUUGUUAUCAUGUUGAGCUCAGCUGUUCAUGUAUGUGCUAUGGUAGGGCUUGGAAAAAUAUAUAAGCGAGCCAUAUUUUUGAAAAUUGUGAUGGUGCUGCAGUCUUGUGUUCAUUAUUAGUUCCUCAGUUGGCCUGUAGGAGGUAACAUGUAUGUAAAAUAGAAAUUGGGCCAUUGAUUGAAACAUAAGCGAUGUUUAUCAGAAUUGUGAGAUGUAUGUACAUGUAGAAUAGAAAUAGGACCAUUCAAACAUAAGCUGUGUUUAUUACAAUUGGGAGAUAAGGCUGUCUUGUUAGUUUAUUGUGUGCACUUGUACAGACAUGGAGUACUACACUGUCUAUAUGCAUACAGUGUUAUAGUAGUCAGGAGAAGAUGCUCAUAUUCAUUAUUGUGGAGGGUUCUCAAUACCACUAGGACGCAUUUUUGUAUCCGCUAUGCACCAGCAGCAUUGAGGUGUGCGCUUGUCACCCUUAAUAACAGUGAAUGUGGUCAUUGCUCUCCUUGUUGGCUGUCUGCUUGUCUGCUUGUACAUAGAGAUGUACAUGUAUGUGCAUUGAAAUGUACAGUGUUGGCUGUCUGCUGUCUGCUUGUACAUAGAGAUGUACAUGUAUGUGCAUUGAAAUGUACAGUGUUGGCUGUCUGCUGUCUGCCUGUACAUAGAGAUGUACAUGUAUGUGCAUUGAAAUGUACAGUGUGUAACAUAAGUAAAGGGGGAUGAUUAAAGCUGAAUUUGUGUGUAUAAAAUGUGUUGUUGUGUAGCCUUGGUUAUAAAUGUGACUGUUGUGCAUGAAGUAGUGUACAGGAUCUGCCACAUGAAACGGGUGAUGUUCUAAUGAUCUGUUUGGGUAGGUUGAGAAUAUACUCCAAUGUGCUUCAAAAUGUGAUACAGGGUAAUAAGAUUACUUCAGCAAUUAAACAAGUACAUGGUCAUGGUAAUGUAACGAUAUCAUUCUAAUGGUCAAACAUAAAUUAGAAUAAUAAUUCCUUUUGUAGGUUUAGUGCAGGUUAAUCUCAACAUUAUCAUCGAAUAAUUGUCCUGUUUCAGUGCUUUGUGCUAGUUGUUAGAACGACAUCUAAUAUAGAGCAGUAAAUUUCAGUUUCUCAGAUAAGUGUAUCGUUUUGCAUUAUACUGUUGAAACUGUGUUAAACGUCAUGGCCAGUAUAUAUGUUCACGACAUUGUAUGAUGUAUAUGAAUCGAAGUUAUUCGCAAAAUUCUCAAAAAUAAAAGACCAAAAAAAUGUUGGCGGAUUACACGAGAGUUCUACAUUUGUCAGGUUACUGGUCUCGAUGGACCUUUGUAAUUAUGUUAGUUGAGGAACGUCAGUGUUCCAAUAGACCCAGGUAUUAUGGGUAUUUGUAAAAAUGUAAUAUUUGUUUUCACUCGUGACUUAUCCCGGUGACAUUAUUGCCCAGUUGUCUUUCAUUGCAAUGACGAGGCUCUGCAUUUAUUAUCUAGAAAGGGCUCAAGUUGAUUUUUGUUCUCUAUAAAUGUCUGUAUAUAUGACCUGGUUGAGCUACAGGUUGAACCAUAAAAAUACAUCGAAUGUGUGUGCUCAGAUCGAUUUGGUGCAUCUUGUUAUAUUUCCAUCGUAUUUAUUAGUGCCAGGUAGCUGAUUAAUACUUACCAGAUGCUCUGGUUUCCUCCUGCAUUAGCCCACAUAUUGUUUAUAGCAUCCAGACUGAGUCAGAGUUAAAGCUUGUGUGCUCUCGACUCAAUAUUUUAGAAAACCGAAUACUACAAUCCUUUGAAAACUUUUUAAACGGUUCUUUUCAAAUCUGAACAUUUGUCAGCAUAAAAUGUGUUCGAUGUGUUUUCUUGGUUUAGUCUGUAUUAAGAUGUUUGUAAAUAUGUACAAAGUUACUUCUGUGUUGAAAAUGAAGUUAAUGUCAUCAGAGUACAUGUAACCUCGAAACUGUUGGAAAGCAGUCUACAGACGACCGAGGCCAGUGAAAUCUUGCAAAAACAUAAGGAUAUCAUAUCUGUGAUUGCAAUGUACGUACAUGUAUAGUUUGACUUGUACAUGUACCAUUGGUACAGUAUAUGACUGUCGGUAACCAUGAGAAAUGUGUUCAAUUGCUUGUAUAUACUGGUAAGGACCAGACUAAUCCCAAUGGAGUAAUUAUUAGUGUAUGAUGUAACCUGUAUGUGUACUCACACAGUGCAUGAAUGUAGAUGUGUCAAAAAGGGGAAUAUAAAAAUGGCCUAAAAUUCUUACCAAUGUCUGCAUUUGUAGAUAUUUUCAAUCUGGAAUCAUUUCACCUGAGGCCAUUUUGUAGAGACUCGGCUAAAAUGAAUGAUCCUAAAUGGAAUCCCCAAAGAUACUGACAUGUCAUUGUGAAAGUUUUGUUUUGCAAACUUUAAUGUAUUAAAAAGGAGGAGAAUGGUAAA